UGUGAAUUGUCAAAUCUUUUUUUCUAAAGUCAGCAAGUUAACUAGGCUAGUCUGGUGAUUUUUCCAGGCAUGUUUUAUCAGUUCUAUUUUCUUCUUUAUUAACAUCACAAUAACACAUCAGAUAAUGGACAACCAGAAUGAUAUUGGUUCAAGCAGUACACAUUCGGAUACACAAUCGACACACUUGUUAAUGCAUUCGGACAAUACAUCAAGUACAGCGGAAAUACAUUAUAGUCCCGAAGACGUAUCAUACACCAGUGAAACAGUUAGAAAUUCUCUUCAUGUCCCUGAUGAAAAUCAUUCUGGUCCAGAUCAUCAAUCCCUGAAUGAAUUUGAAGAGAUUGAACGCUUGAUUAAGGAAAAUACUGCUGUGGACACUGAGGAUGAGGAAAAUAGUGCUGAAGAAGAACAAGGAAAACAACAUUCACAUGAUUUAUAUGGAGAUUCAGAAUUCCAUCCUGAUACAGGGUAUCAAACUGUUGAAGGAUUUGAAUACCCACAGUCUCCAAUGCCAACCAACUCUCCACGAUUACAUCACAGCAGGGCUGAGAGUCCUGCUGUUUCUGAAGAAUGGCCUAGUAGAAGAAGCUCUCGAUCAGCAGCUUCAAAUCGUGCUGCGAAUUCUUCUCUGGAAAAAUCUGUCACAGAUUUAGAUGUUACGCUAGAUAGAUUUCUUACACAACCUGAAGAGGAGAAUGUUUCUGAUGAUGAAAAGCUAGUCGCUACAUUUGGAACUACAGAAAAUUUGGAGGAUUUAUUAGAGCGUCAGCUUAAAGAUAUGGAAGAUGAAGAAAAUGAAAAUUCUGAAAAUGAACAAACUCAGACUAGAACAAAACCUCCCACUCUGGCAAGCUCAUCAAGAGACAAUAUCAACAAACAAUCCAAUUCAAGAACCGAAACGAAGCCUCGUCAACCAAUUCGACCGCCUAGAUUUCGAAGAGCUGUUGACAACAGAACCACAAGAUCACCUGCUGCGAAUCGAGUUAAAAAAGCUCAUCAGAGGUCCAGAGUGAAGAGUUCAUUAGCUCGCUCUCCAUCUUUCCCAGAAAGUAGUGAUGGUGACUUGAGUGUGAGAUCUGAUGUUUCAAGAACUGAACUGAGACAACGAUUAAGACGAGAACAUAAGGAUAAGAAGAAGGAGAAGGAAGUUUCUACACAGUUACAGACCGAUUAUGAUGAGCUUUUGACGAGAUAUGCAGAGGCAGAAAAUGUAAUUGAUCAGCUCAGAAUCGGAGCCAAGAUUGAUUUAUUUGCGAGCAUACCAACUGGUGGGUCAGGAGAAGGAUUCAAUCAAGUCAAUUCAAAUCCACAUCAAAAUCCUGCACAAAAUGUAUCAGAUAUCCAUGGAUCUCAGAGAUCUUCUCCAAGACAGAAAAAGAUAUCGUCUGUUGCUUCUGGUAGUUCACAUGCAUUUGAUAGCCUCAUUGAAAGUAGUUUAAAACUACCUUCCGCAGCAAGUUCCGAAUUUUUAAGAGUCGCAUUAGAACAUCAAGCUAAUGAUUUAAAGGAACAAAUGGAAUCAUUUAAAACGUUACUCGAUGGUGGUCAUGUAUCGGACACUGAAAAAAGACAAGUUCUAAGAGAUCUUGAAGAAGCUCUUAGGAGUUUAGAAAGAGACUACAUGACGGCUGGAAAUGACCAUGAAGCUGAAAAACUUCGUACUAUGUACUCGACUGGAGGACAACCAAAUCAAUCUGAUGAAUUUGAUCCGAAUCAUAAAAUUGAGGGAGAAAUUUUUAAGUUGGGCAGAAUGUUUGAAGGAAUAAAAGAUGAUGUUUAUGCCACGACUCAUUCACAGACCCCACUAUCAAGCAGAAAAUCGUUUGUGUCAGAAGAAAUAAAUUCAUCAUCAGAGUCUAGUAUUGAUUUGGAUGCUGGAUUUAAUGAACAAUUGAGAAGAUAUAAUAAGCAACCGCCUGCAGAGGAUGAAUAUUCCCAUACAACGGCAUCAAGUAAUAUAUUAUCCAGCGAUGAUGACAUUGAUGGAGAUAAUUUAUUGAAAUAUCGAAGGAAUAACGAUGAUGAUGACGAAGAUACCAUAAGUGAUAUAUCAAAAUCAACUGUGAAAGACUCCGACAUGCCUGAACGAUUUCUUCGACCACCGUCAGCCAAUACCUCUGGUUCACCAUCUCGCAGUAGAAUAAUUGAGACUUCUGAUGAAUUAAGUCCUGUUCGCUCACAACAGCAAUCGAAUUCAUCAAACUUUGGAUCACCGCUAGGUAGACCGAGAAGUAGAUUGCCAAGACCUGUGGGAUCUCGUUCACAUAGUACACCUGUUGUACCUAAGAAACGUUCUUCAAGUAAAGAUGCUGAAGUUGAUAGUGGUUUUCAAGGUUCGGAAAGAAGUGCUCAGUCAAGCAUUCCGUCGACGAAAGCACAACAACAGCAGCAACAAAAACCUCGAACAGAAACAUUGCCUAAUUAUCCAAAAUUUUCUCCGAAACAACAGCUUACCUCUACUCCUAUAAAUCAAACAAAGCCAGUAAUUAAGCAAAGUCGUGGUGGAAAUACUAUUACAAAACCUCCUAAACCAACUACUUCCUCAAAAUCUACUGCAGAAAAGAGGUCACAACAUACUGAUUCUCCUUCAACCAGUCAUGUGAUUCCACCUAAACCUAUCAGGAUGGUAACAAGCCAGCAGGACAACGGCAACAAAGCAACUCAUCUAAAAGAGCAUCCUCUUACCACACAAAAUCAACCAGGUUUUCAUCAUCAGCCUAAUGGACCUCACGAUAUGUUCUCUCCCCAUAAACCUAUCUAUGUAGGUACAAGCGGAAGUGUGAUAGCACCUACUGAACGUGGUAGCAUUGAAUCGGAGUUUGAAUGGGUGCCAAGGGAGAAAUCGAGGCCUAGCAGUAGAAGAUCCAUAACAAGCAGUAAAGACAGUACAUUGGGUUUAUUACGAGGAGAAAUUGCCAAACUCAGGCAGGAAAUUGCUGAGAGUAGAAUGCCUCAACCAUCUUUCCAUCAUCCUUCAUCAAAACUUCACUCAAAAUCUGAAAUCAGUGAAUCUGAGUAUUCUAGUCCCUUGAGGCGACGUGGAAGUGACACCAAGGAACGUACAAAACGAAUUUUCCCACAGAGAAAUGGUAGUUUCAAGUCUCAAGCAGGGGAUGACCGUGAGGAACUAAGAAGAGCUCGUGAAACAAGAAACGUCAAAAGUGGUGGGGACACACCAAUCGACAGGCAGGCACAAAACACAGACACCUCCAACAUGCCAACAUCUGGACAUUGGGCUUAUAUCAGUUCCUAUCCUGGUCCCAUGGUUCGCCCUCAAACUGCUUACUAUUACCCUACUGUGGUACCAGCAACUCCUGUCGCACCUCGUAUGGGUAGUGUCUAUAUCACCACACCACCCCCCAUGUAUACAGCUGCAGUUUCUUCACCUGCGAGAAUUUAUGUGCCUGCACCGUCACCUAUCCAUUAUAUGCAUGAAACCAUUCCGUAUGAAAGUGUUAGGGGACGAAGUACCAGUAGAAGAUCGUCAAGAAGAAGUUCUAUUGUGGAACAUGAAUCUGAUGAAAAUGAUCUUCCUCUGAGACGAAGCCAUCUUGUUUCUGUAAAGCGUUCUUCUUCCGUACCACCUCUACAUCAAAGCUACCUUGAUCCACAGCUCAGUCGAUCUUUGCUUCGUGCUGAAAAAGCUUCAGAUCUUGUCCGAUCAAAAUCAAGGGCGAUGUACCGAUCUUUACGAGAUUCAUUAAACAAAUCAGAACAAUAUUAGAUGACAAGUAGCUAGAUCAUGCUUGGACUAUUAAUAAUUUACUAUUUCCCAUGCAUGAUACAGUGUUAUUCAUUUCUAAAGUAUUAUGUGCCAAUGUCUCAAUUAUGUAUUGAUGAAUAAAUUUUCUAAUUAUAUUUUUAAAUUGAAGUUGAGUCAACAUAACCUGCCUGGUUUAAUAAUUGUUCAAUUGUAGCAAAAUGGUAGAUUCUAGUCACAUGUAUGAUUAAUAUAUACAUAUAUUUUGAAGAUAAACAUUUUUUAUUUGUGAAAUUUGGGAUAGAAGGUUACUUCCAACAACACUUGGAUGCUAAUUCUUCAUCAAAAUUUUUUUUUUUAAAUUAUUUCAUUAGUGAUUAUAAAUAUAGCAACAUUUUGUUUUUUAAUUUUUAAAAUAUUUUAUUUACGUUUUCUAUACUUCCGAUUAUUUCUUGAAAUUGUUUUAAUUCGACCUUGUGUCAACAUUUAUAUAGUUCAACAACACAUCUUUUGUCUUCAAGUUUGUGCCUUUCACAACAUCAAAUUUUAUCUCACUAAAUCAGACAUGAACCGUGGGUAAAUCAUGCCUGAAAAAAAAUGGUCUAAGUCAGUGGUACCCAACCUUUUUUGCUUUUAAGACACCAUUUAAGUACUUUCUAAUGCCCUGAAAAGUGUUUCAAAAGGGGUUGCGCCCCUCAGGUUGGAAACCACUGGUCUAAGUGGUUCAGUUUGACUCCAAACUUCGAGAAUACACAGUGCCUUAUUUAUCGAUUUUCAACAACUUUCAUACUAUUACACAAAUUUUAUCGAUUUGAACACUGAAUAAUCUCGUUUUUCAUUGUGACAGUUAUUAUAAUUCAACUGUGUCUGGCUCGUAUUAUACUCGUUAUUACUGUGAUUAUGUGCAAAAGAGUGAUGCUCAAAUAUUAGGUAAUAUGAACACAAAAGUCUAACCACUAAUAUAACCACCCCUGUUUCAGCAAUAUUAUUCAUGCCAAAUGUUAAAGAAUUGUAACGAAUGUCAUCUGAUGGUGUGACCAGGAAUUUACAAAAUAUAUCAGGCCCAAUAUGACAUAAAAAUUUGAAAGAGUAAUAGCCUUUUAGUGAUUUCUUGCGUCUUUAUAUUUUCAUAAGUUAAAAUAGAUUGGUCUAUUAGUUUCGGAGAAAAGCAACUUUAACAUAACAACAACAAUGUAGCAAAUGAUCUAUACUUCGUGGAUCGAAUUUUGGGAUGAAGCUAAUAAAAACUUUUAAUAGUCACUGUUUGUUUUAAUUUAGCAACAUAGAUAAUACCAGAAAGAACUGUUCACAGGAACUCAAAUGAAUCAAAAAACCUCAAAUUUAUAUAUUAUUUAGUGGUGAUGUAGUAGAUUCUUAUGUCUGACAUUAUGCAUGGAAUAAAUUUAUGGAAUAGAUAUUCGCAACUUUAAAUGUAUUAAAUACUUUGUCAAAUUUUACAUUAUAAAUACUUGGGGACUGUUAUAAAGAGAAUAAUGAAUUACAAGUAAGCCUCAAUGUAAAGCUGGAAAGAUUCUAUUUGGGUAUUAGAUAUAUUGGAUUACCAUAGAUAUCUCAUUAAAAUUGUUUUAAAUUAUCUCCGAUUGUUCUGUUGAUAAAAGAAUUAAUUAUACAGUCAACCAAUUGUUCAUAUGUUACUGUACAUUCUUUCAAAUAUUUUUGAUCUGUUGAGCAUUGUGUCUUCUACUAUCUUGUACUAUAUUACAAAGACUGAGUGAUGGUGGAUUUUGUGCAUUGUAUUGAAUUAGGACCAAGAUAUUGAAAAUCUAUUUUUAUACUAUUUGUUUUGUACAAACGAUUUCUAUCAUGUUACUGUUUUUUUAUGUUUGUUAUUUUUUGUUUAUAUGUGUAGAAUCUGAAAAUAUUAUUAUUCGAAAGAUAAAUGCAUUGUACACACGGCGGUUUGCAUAUAAAUAUGUUAAAAUGAAAGUUAAGUAAUUGUGUUAUUGAGAAACAAUUUUAUUACUUUCUAUUAUGAAAUAUAUUUCCUCUUUAUAUUUGAAUUGAGAUGCAGCGUUUGUAAAUUUAAAUUAUCUAAAAGUGAUAAUUUUGAAUAUCCAAAUCGUUAAAAAAAAAAUUUUUUCGAACAUGAAACAACCGUUUGUUACUGUCUGAUUUUUUAACUGUUAUUAAAAAGUCUUCUCACAAAUAUUUAAAUAUUUUAUACAAAAUGCACAUUAGAUUAUUUACUUUACACACUUAUUGUUUAACAGUACCCUCUCGCCUCGUCUGAAAUUUUGUAUUUGAAUUGUUGAAUUAGUGUUGGUGUGUCAUGUAUUAGUUGUUCGCCUUUGCAUGAUAUUUCCAACAUACAUUCGUUACUGUUAUGUGUUACUGAUGUUUUGUAUCUUUGUACAUGUUUUGUUAUUAUUUUUGUUGUGGCGAGACAACCAAUAAUACACAGAAACAUUGAAAUUUA